CUCCCUGUUAGCCUCCUAGCAGCAGCCGGACGACCGGAGGGAAUAACCGGGGAAACAGCGGAGAAAACCCCGGAGAAGCGGAGGGAAUGAGCCCGGCGGAGGACGGCAGAGGACCGCGGUGACCGGACGCAGAGGCCCCGCAGCGCGCACGCGUCUCUAGGGGAGAAUACUGCGGAGAAUAAAGUGUGAAAAACACCGAAGCUGCUCCUCGACUCUCCGCCUGCUUCCGGUUCUGUUCCUCCCGAGCACAACGACCAUGAGAUCAUUCUCCACCGGCCCUUGUUAGAGAGAGAAAGAGAGAGUGUGUGUGUGUGUGUGUGUGUGUGUGUGUGUGUGAGAGAGAGAGAGAGAGAGAGAUCCAGGAUGGGGUUCGGUCGGGAUUUAAGGAAUUCCCACGAGGGAUUAUUGAAGCUGCAGGACUGGGAGUUAAAGGUACUCAACGUGUGUACCUGUGUGUCGCCCUCUAGCUGCUGGAGACGGUGAAACGCUUUCUGACACUACGAGUGAAGAGCGAUAAAGAAUAUUCUGCUCUCCUGCUCAGCAUGACUCAGCAAACUGAAAAACAGGAAGCUGCUGACUACGUUAGCACCGUGAGCAAGGUGAGAGGACUCACCUGUCCACAUGUGUCUCUGUCAGUCCUGGUCUCAGUCUCUCUGUGUCAGUCCUGGUCUCUCUCUCUCUCUCUCUCUCUCACAGUCCUGGUCUCAGGUGAUCCGUCAGACGGAGGCCCUGGGUCGGGUCAUGAGGAGUCACGCUGAUGAUCUGAACUCUGGUCCUCUGCACCGUUUGGCCACGUUGAUCCGAGACAAGCAGCAGGUGAAGAAGAGCUACCAGAGUCUUCAUCAGCAGCUGGAGAGCCACAACCACAAGGUAACCAGGACUGACCUGGACAAGCUCAAGGCGACGUAUCGUCAGCUGAGCCGCGACGCCAACAACGCCAGAGACAAAUACCGGGAGGCGCUGACCAAAGGCCGGGAAACGGAGCGUGCUCGGGAGCGCUACGACAAAGCGACGGCGAAGCUCCACAACCUCCACAACCAGUACGUGUUGGCGGUGUGCGGCGCCCGGACGCAGCAGGACGAGCACCGGCGCCGCGCCGGCCCGGCGCUGCUCGACGCUCUGCAGAGGAUGCAGGAGGACAUGACGCUCGCCCUUAAGAGCAUCCUGGAGGAGUACUGUGAGAUCAGCAGCCUGCUGACGGAGGAGAUCGUUAAAGUCCACCAGGAGAUCUCGGCGGCGGUGGAGCAGAUCGACCCGCUGGCGGAGUACCAACACUUCAUCGACGCCUACCGGUCUCCGGAGACUCAGGAGGCGAGCGUGGAGUUCGACGCGUCUCUGUCGGACGAGACGGACAACCUGCCGGCCAAUGAGAUCCUCUGGAACACGCUGACGGCCGACAGCCUGCAAGUCAUGUUGGCGUCGGCGUCGGAGGAGCUGUCGCUGACUCAGCAGAAUCUGAGGACAAAGGAGGCGCUGGCCGACGAUCUCGACACCAAAAUCCAGACGAGUCAGCAGAGCGCCGAGCGGAAGAGCGACUGCGUCCUGCUGCUCAGUCAGAAGCUCUCUGUCCUCGAGCUCCACCACGCCGUCCAAUCGCUGCGCGGCUCCGAGGCCCGCCUCGCCUCCCAGAAGGCCUUGCUGGAUGCCAAGAUGGCCGCCGCCGCAGCCUCCCCGCCCCCGGUGCCGCCUCCCCCCACGCUACCCUACGAGGACGACGCCCGCUCCGUCGGCUCCACGGACAAAACGAAGGAGAGGAGCUCUCGGUUCGACACUCUGCGUUACUCUCUGGCCGGAAUGAUCCGGUCUCCUAAAGCCAUGCUGGGCUCCUCCUCCUCGCAGUUCUUCGACGUCAUCCCUCUGUCAGAGCGCCCCCUGGCGGACCAGGAGUGGUACCACGGCGCCAUCCCGCGCACCGAAGCCCAGGAGCUGCUGCGGCAGCAGGGAGACUUCCUGGUGAGAGAGAGUCACGGCAAACCGGGAGAAUACGUCCUGUCUGUGUUCUCUGCCGAGCAGCGGAGACACUUCAUCAUCCAGUACGCCGACAGUCAGUACCGUUUCGAGGGGACGGGUUUCUCCACCAUUCCUCAGCUCAUCGAGCAUCAUUUCACCUCCAAACAGCUGAUCACCAAGAAGUCUGGAGUCGUGCUGCUGAACCCCGUCGUCAAGGAUAAGAAGUGGAUCCUGAACCAUGAGGAUGUGGUGCUGGGGGAGCUGCUGGGAAAGGGUAACUUUGGCGAGGUGUUCAUUGGGACGCUGCAGCGCGACAAAAUGCCGGUUGCUGUCAAAACGUGUAAAGAAGAUUUACCUCCAGAGCUGAAGAUCAGGUUCCUGUCUGAGGCCAGGAUCCUGAAGCAGUACGACCACCCGAACAUCGUGAAGCUGAUUGGCGUUUGCACGCAGCGACAGCCGAUCUACAUCGUCAUGGAGCUGGUUCCUGGUGGAGACUUCCUGUCCUUUCUGAGGAAGAAGAAGGACGAUUUGAAGACGAAGCAGCUCGUUCGCUUCUCGGUGGACGCUGCUGCCGGCAUGGCGUACCUGGAGAGCAAGAACUGUAUCCACAGGGACCUGGCAGCUAGGAACUGUCUGGUGGGAGAAGGCAGUGUGUUGAAGAUCAGUGACUUUGGGAUGAGUCGUCAGGAGGACGACGGUAUUUAUUCUUCUUCUGGACUCAAACAGAUUCCCAUUAAAUGGACGGCGCCAGAGGCCCUGAACUACGGUCGUUACAGCUCCGACAGCGACGUGUGGAGUUACGGGAUCCUGCUGUGGGAGACCUUCAGUCUGGGGGUGUGUCCUUAUCCUGGGAUGACCAAUCAGCAGGCCCGAGAGCAGGUGGAGAAAGGUUACAGGAUGUCCUGUCCUAAGUGUUGCCCUGACGACGUGUACAAAGUGAUGCAGCGCUGCUGGCACUACAACCCCGAGGAACGGCCAAAGUUCUCCGAUCUGCAGCGCGACAUCGCCGCCCUCAAGAAGAAGUGAUGACAUCAUCGCACGACCUCGCUGCCAUACAAGAAGUGAUGGUGUCGUACAAGAUCUUGCCGCCCCAAGAAGAAGUGAUGAUAUCAUCGCACGACCUCGCCGCCAUCAAGGAGUGAUGACGUCAUCGCAAGAUCUCGCCACCCCGAACAAGUGAUGACAUCAUCGCAAGAUCUUGCCGCCCCAAGAAGAAGUGAUGACAUCAUCGCACGACCUCGCCGCCAUCAAGAAGUGAUGACAUCACAAAACCUCAAUGCCAUAAAGUAGUGACGACGUCAUCGCACGACCUCGCCGCCAUUAAGAAAAAGUGAUGACAUCAGAGUGUUGUCAGCAAAGAAGCGUUUGUUUUGGUUUACAGGUGGGCGUGGCCAUUACGUGGGCGUGGUCAUUAGGUGGGCAUGUCUUUUGGUAAAGACAGUUGAGCUGUUUGAGAACAAACAUCUAGAAACACAGAAAUUAAGCUUUUAGCUGCUGAUGAACUCAUUUCUGUUAAAACACGACUGAACAACGGGAAAGGUGUUAGCAUAGAUGCAGCUCGCUAUGUUAGCAUCUUGCCCGAAAACUGUAAACUCCUGUGAAUUCUGGUUUAAUGGAGCUAAUGGCUUAGCAUGACUGAAGUGAGGGAUGUUAGCACAUUGUUAGCAUGUACAGAUGAGUUUAUUGUAUUCUUCUAAUAACAGUUAUUAACAUUUUAGUAUCAGAUUUUUAAAAAAUCUACUUUAUUUGGGAGAAUUAAAUUCUGAAGCUUUGCGAACUCAUGCUAGCAGUGAUGCUAGCUUGAGCCUCAGGCGGUCGCCUUCCCAGAAGCCUCAGCGGCUUCGUGAGUCCAACAAAUAACUUUUAAACGUAACAUGAAACCAGAUUAAAUGUCUUUUCAGACCAAACGGCAAUUAUUUGUGAAUAAAUCAGUUAGUUAGUUUUUAUUUUUGAAAAACCUGUUUCCUGUGAGUUUUAAAAUGUUCAGCAGUGCGUGUGGAAAAACAAGCUCAACUUUUUUUUACAAAAUAAGCUAAAACUUUUAACAAUUCAAGUCAACAGGUGGAGGUCAUACUUUAAGCCACACACCCCCUCACUACAGUAACCGUGGCAACAGCAUGAACACUAAAACCAUUUCCAUCGGUUGUUAACACUAAAUAGUUGGUUUCGUUUUUACACUUUCUGUUUUUAUAUAUUAUGUUUUUAUGAUAUUUUUUAUGACGGCUCAACUGUCAAAAAAAAUUAAAAUAACACUGACCUUUUAUUUGUCUCUCAGCUCUCUAGCCUCACGAAGACCACGCCCACUCUGACCAAUUUGUAUUUGUUUUUAGGAAAUGUUUUUGACCAAUCAGUGAUUUCAAGUUCUUUUGUUGACGGCUGGAAAAAAAUAGUCUGAAAUGUAAAACUAACUUUUUACAUUUUUUUUAUUCAAGCAUUUUAUUGUUAUCAUUUUAUUGUGAAGUUUAUUUGUAUUAUUAUAAACCAAAGUUAAAAAACAUUUGUCUAAUGAAAUGCAGCUCCAAAACAAUUCUUAAAAACAAAUGUGUAAAAUUAUCAAAAGAAAUCAUCAGCACUUAAAUGUUCCUGGUUGUCAUGAAAACUGAAAUAAUGUUUAAAUGUUUUUAAAAAGAAAGUUUAAUAUAAAUAUGUAUAAACUACAAAUAGAAAGACAUGUAUUUGUGUAAAUUAAUCGUGAGUCCUGAUUGGUCAGAAUCACUUUCUGGACUGAGGGCGGAGCUUAAAUGUUAGCGAUGUCGUUGCUCCAGAGCGCCGCCUACUGUUACUGUAAAUACCUUCAAGAUGUUUUUACGGUUUGUUUUUUCUUUGCGUUUUCAAACACUAACCGUCUGUUUGUCUUUUAUAUUUGUUUCUUUAUAAAAAUAAUAUCGUAGCAUUUAUUAUAAAAAUAAA